AUGGAAGACAUAGAUGAAUGCCUGUACAACCCUUGUGAUGUCAACGCGACCUGCACCAACACUGACGGGUCUUUCAUAUGUAUGUGCCAAGCUGGGUACGAAGGGGACGGGCUCAACUGCACAGACAUUAACGAAUGUUUAAACGAUACAACUUGCCACGACAACGCAACCUGCACCAACACACUCGGUUCUUUCACGUGUGAUUGUCUGGUCGGAUAUGCCGGGGACGGCGUCAACUGUACAGAUAUAAAUGAGUGCCAGCGAUACCCCUGUGAUUCCAACGCGACCUGCACCAACACGGAUGGGUCUUUCAUGUGCGCUUGCGAUGUUGCAUUUGAGGGAGACGGUUUCAAUUGUACAGACAUUAAUGAAUGUUUGAAUACAACAACUUGCCACGACAACGCAACCUGCACCAACACAAUCGGUUCCUUCACGUGUGAUUGUGUAGUGGGCUAUGAUGGAGAUGGCAUCAACUGUACAGACAUUAAUGAAUGUCUCAACACAACAACUUGCCACGACAACGCAACCUGCACCAACACAAUUGGUUCCUUCACGUGUGAUUGUGUAGUGGGCUAUACAGGCGACGGCAUCAACUGUACAGACAUAAAUGAAUGUCUAAACACGACAACUUGCCACAAAAACGCAACCUGCACCAACACAAUCGGUUCCUUCACGUGUGAUUGUGUAGUGGGCUAUGAUGGAGAUGGCUUCAACUGUACAGACCGAAAUGAAUGCCUGACUUCCCCUUGCGACGUGUAUGCAAACUGUGCUAAUACCGACGGAUCUUUCGUGUGCGAGUGCUUAGAUGGGUAUGACGGGAAUGGCUUCAAUUGCACGGACAUCGAUGAGUGCGAGCAGACCGACCCAUGUCAUGCUAACGCGAGUUGUACGAAUACAAACGGGUCUUACAUAUGUACGUGUCAAGUUGGGUACGAAGGAGACGGCUUCAACUGCACAGACAUUGACGAAUGUUCGAACACAACGAUAUGUCACGAGAACGCGACCUGCACCAACACUGACGGGUCCUACACGUGCACGUGCGACUUUGGAUACGAAGGAGACGGUUUUAACUGCACAGACAUUGACGAAUGUUCGAACACAACGAUAUGCCACGAGAAUGCGACCUGCACCAACACUGACGGGUCUUACACGUGCACGUGCGACUUUGGAUACGAAGGAGACGGUUUUAAUUGCACAGACAUUGACGAAUGUUCGAACACAACGAUAUGUCACGAAAAUGCGACCUGCACCAACACUGACGGGUUCUACACGUGCACGUGCGACUUUGGAUAUCGAUACGAAGGAGACGGUUUUAACUGCACAGACAUUGACGAAUGUUUGAACACAACGAUAUGCCACGAAAAUGCGACCUGCACCAACACAGACGGGUCCUACGCGUGCACGUGCGACUUUGGAUACGAAGGAGACGGUUUUAACUGCACAGACAUUGACGAAUGUUCGAACUCAACGAUUUGCCACGAGAAUGCGACCUGCACCAACACUGACGGGUCCUACACAUGCACGUGCGACAUUGGAUACGAAGGAGACGGUUUUAACUGCACAGACAUUGACGAAUGUUUGAACACAACGAUUUGCCACGAGAAUGCGACCUGCACCAACACUGACGGGUCCUACACGUGCACGUGCGACUUUGGAUACGAAGGAGACGGUUUUAACUGCACAGACAUAGGUGAAUGCCGGAAUUCUCCCUGUGACACGAAUGCGAUCUGCACCAACACACAUGGGUCUUUCAGAUGUCACUGCAUUGAUGGGUAUGAAGGGGAUGGAUUUAACUGCACGGACAUCGAUGAGUGCCAGCAGCAGACCGAUCUUUGCCAUGCUAACGCGAGUUGCACGAACACAAACGGGUCUUACAUAUGCACGUGUCAUGUUGGGUACGAAGGAGACGGAGUCAACUGCACAGACAUUGAUGAAUGUUUGAACAGCACGAGCUGCCACGACAAUGCAACCUGCACCAACACAAUCGGUUCUUUUGAUUGUGAUUGUUUAGUGGGCUAUGAUGGUGAUGGCUUCAAUUGCACGGAUACGGAUGAGUGCCAGACCAAUCCUUGUCAUGACAACGCGACCUGCGCCAAUACGGACGGGUCUUUCAUAUGCACGUGCGACUUUGGUUUCCAAGGAGACGGGUUCAACUGCACAGACAUAGGCGAAUGCCGGGAUUCUCCCUGUGACCCUAAUGCGAUCUGUACCAACACACAUGGGUCUUUCAGAUGUCACUGCAUGGAUGGGUAUGAAGGGAAUGGAUUCAACUGCACUGACAUCGAUGAGUGCGAGCAGACAGACAUUUGCCAUGCUAACGCGAGUUGCACGAACACAAACGGGUCUUACAUAUGUACGUGUCAAGUUGGGUACGAAGGAGAUGGAGUCAACUGCACAGACAUUGACGAAUGUUUGAACACCACCACCUGCCACGACAACGCAACCUGCACCAACACAAUCGGUUCUUUCGAUUGUGAUUGUUUAGUGGGAUAUGACGGGGAUGGUUUUAAUUGCACGGAAUUAGAUGAGUGCCUAGCCAAUCCGUGCCAUGCAAAUGCGACCUGUACAAACUCUGACGGGUCUUACGCAUGUAUGUGUCAAGAUGGGUACAAAGGAGACGGAUUUAACUGCACAGACAUUGACGAAUGUUUGAACAGUACGAGCUGCCACGACAAUGCAACCUGCACCAACACAAUUGGUUCCUACACUUGUGAUUGCUUAGUGGGCUAUGAUGGAGAUGGUGAAAAUUGCACAGGGUAUUACUACGUGAACGAAUGUGCUGAUAACUCCACCUGUGAUCUGAAUGCAAACUGCACCAACACUGAGGGGUCAUUUGACUGCACCUGCAAGGCUGGUUAUACAGGAGAUGGGACUAAUUGUACAGAUAUUGACGAAUGUGCAGCGUCUCCAUCUCCGUGCCAUGUCAACGCGACCUGCACAAACACUGACGGGGCGUUCUCCUGCAACUGUACCGAUGGGUUUGAAGGAGACGGCGUUAACUGCACAGCUACAUCGAGAAUCUGUGUAGUCAAACCUCCCCAAUGCGAUGCAAAUGCUGACUGUAUUGUCACGGGGAAUGGUGUCGUAGGCUGCGCAUGCAAGGACGGGUUUCUUGGGGAUGGAGCCUUGGAAUGUCACCGAGUCGUCACCAUACAUCUGGCCUUCAUCUUCUUAAACCCGCGAUGGAUAGCAGUGUUUAGAGACUCCGGACUGAGGCGGACACUCAUCGACUUCAUACUCAAUACGCUAUGGAGAAUCAACAGAGGAAUCGCCAGAUGGAUUGUGGGUAUUGCAGUCAUAGCUUUAAGGCCAGGCAGUGUGAUACCAGUGGUUCAAGUCAACCUGACAGAACAGGUCGUCCCAGAGUUUAAAGGAUUAUACACAAACCACACACAGGACGGCUUCUUUGGCAAUGAAUCAGUAGAUCCUGCUCUAUAUGUCAUUGGAGAUGAGGCACUGUUGGCUGGAAUCAACCAGUGUGAUAUUGGUCUCCACGAUUGUCAUUCCAAUGCCACAUGCAACGACACCUUCCUGUGGUUUGAAUGCUUCUGCAAUACCGGAUAUACAGGAAACGGGACCCACUGUGUUGAUGUUGAUGAGUGUUUAGACGCACCGUGCCACGACAACGCUACCUGUACCAACACGGACGGGUCGUUUGAGUGCGACUGUAAUGUUGGAUACGCUGGGAACGGUUUCAAUUGUACAGAUGUCAACGAAUGUAUGGACGCUCCCUGCCACGACAACGCCACCUGCACCAACGCAGACGGGUCUUUCAGUUGUGACUGCUCAAAUGGAUACACAGGAGACGGGUUUAAUUGUACAGAUAUCGAUGAAUGUCUGAACAGCCCUUGUAGCGACAACGCCACCUGCACCAACACGGACGGGUCGUUUGUGUGUAACUGUACGGAUGGGUACAGUGGGGACGGCUUCAACUGUACAGAUGUCGAUGAAUGCCUGAACAGCCCUUGUAGUGACAACGCCACCUGCACCAACACGGACGGGUCGUUUGUGUGUAACUGUACUGAUGGGUACAGUGGGAACGGCUUAAACUGUACAGAUGUUGAUGAAUGCCUGAACAGCCCCUGUAGCGACAACGCCACCUGCACCAACACGGUCGGGUCGUUUGUGUGUAAUUGCACAGUCGGGUACACCGGAGAUGGGUUCAAUUGCACAGAUGUUGAUGAAUGCCUGAACAGCCCUUGUAGCGACAACGCCACCUGCACCAACACGAACGGGGCGUUUGUGUGCAAUUGCACAGUCGGGUACACCGGGGAUGGCUUCAAUUGCACAGAUGUUGAUGAAUGCCUGAACUCUCCUUGUGACGACAACGCCACUUGCACAAACACGGACGGGUCGUUUGUAUGCAAUUGCACAGUCGGAUACACCGGAGAUGGGUUUAUUUGCACAGAUAUUGAUGAAUGCCUGAACAGCCCCUGUAGCGACAACGCCACCUGCACCAACACGGACGGGUCGUUUGUGUGUAACUGUACGGAUGGGUACAGUGGGGACGGCUUCAACUGUACAGAUGUUGAUGAGUGUCUGAACAGCCCCUGUAGCGACAACGCCACCUGCACCAACACGGACGGGUCGUUUGUGUGUAACUGUACUGAUGGGUACAGUGGGGACGGCUUCAACUGUACAGAUGUUGAUGAAUGCCUGAACUCUCCUUGCGACGACAACGCCACCUGCACCAACACGGACGGGUCGUUUGUGUGUAACUGCUCAGUUGGAUACACAGGAGAUGGGUUCACAUGUACAGAUGUUGAUGAAUGUCUGAACAGCCCCUGUAGCGACAACGCCACCUGCACCAACACGGACGGGUCGUUUGUGUGUAACUGUACUGAUGGAUACACUGGGGACGGAUUUAGCUGUGCAGAUGUUGACGAAUGUUUGACAUCUCCCUGCCAUGAAAACGCCACCUGCACCAACACGGACGGGUCGUUUGUAUGUAACUGCAGCAGUGGAUACACUGGGGAUGGAUUUAGCUGUGCAGAUGUCGAUGAAUGUUUGAACGGUCCGUGCGACGACAACACCACCUGCACCAACACGGACGGGUCGUUUGUGUGUAACUGCUCAGUCGGGUACACCGGGGAUGGAUUCAGUUGCACAGAUGUCGAUGAAUGUUUGAACAGCCCUUGUAGCGACAACGCCACCUGCACCAACACGGACGGGUCGUUUGUGUGUAACUGUACUGAUGGGUACACGGGAGAUGGGUUCAGUUGCACAGAUGUCGAUGAAUGUUUGACCGGUCCAUGUCACGACAACGCCACCUGCACCAACACAGACGGGUCCUUCAGUUGUGAAUGCUUAGAUGGAUACACAGGAAAUGGGUUUGAUUGCACAGCUAUCAUCUUGACACCAACAGCCAUCACCCCAAGCCCAACACAAGCUACCGUCGCACCAAGUCCAACAGAUUCUAUCAUCACACCAACUACCGUCACACCAAGUCCAACAGAGUCUAUCCUUACACCAAGCCCAACACAAGCUACCUUCGCACCAAGUCCAACAGAGUCAAUCCUCACACCAAGCCCAGUACCAACUACUGUUGCACCAAGCCCAGCACCAACUACCAUCGCACCAAGUCCAACGGAGUCCAUCCUCACACCAAGCCCCACUACGGUUGCACCAAGGCCAACACAAAGUGCCAUUACACCAAGUCCAACGCCGGCUUCUAUCGUCCCAAGCCCAACACGAGACACCAUCGCACCAAGCCCAACGUCAGAUAUUAUUACACCAAGCUUAACACCUAGUGCUGCGGCAAGUACUAUCGCACCAAGCCCAUCACCCGGCGUUGUCCCUAGUCCAACACCUCCUCUCACGGCAGUAAGCCCAACACCAAGCAUCAUCGAACCGAGCCCGACGCCCAGUGCCAUCAUUAGCCCAACACCAAGCGGCGUCCCAACACCAACGCCCAGUAUCAUCAUACCAAGCCCAUCACUGAGUACCGUUGCCCCAGUUGAAACAGUGACUACCACCGCUCCUACUCCAACACCGAGUGCAGUUCCAACUCCAACACCGAGUGAGGCCCCAACGCCAACACCGAGUGAGGCCCCAACGCCAACACCGAGUGAGGCCCUAACUCUGACACCGAGUGAGGCCCUAACUCCAACACCGAGUGCAGCCCCAACUCCAACACCGAGUGCAGCUCCAACUCCAACACCGAGUGCAGCUCCAACUCCGACACCAAGUGAGGCCCCAACCCCAACACCGAGUGAAGUCCCAACUCCGACACCGAGUGAGAUCCCAACGCCAACACCGAGUGAGGCCCCAACUCCGUCACCAAGUGAGGCCCCAACUCCGACACCGAGUAAGGCCCCAACUCCAACACCGAGCGAGGCCCCAACGCCAACACCGAGUGAGGCACCAACUCCAACACCGAGCGAGGCACCAACUCCGACACCAAGUGAGACCCCAACUCCGACACCGAGUGAGACCCCAACGCCAACACCAAGUGAGGCCCCAACGCCGACACCGAGUGAGAGCCCAACGCCGACACCGAGUGAGAGCCCAACGCCGACACCGAGUGAGAGCCCAACGCCGACACCGAGUGAGGCCCCAACGUCAACACCUACUCCCAGCACCAUUGCACCCAGUACUUCUGCUCCAGAACUCCCUGCUGUGUCCUGUCAGUGCAGUCGUCACGCAGACUUCAUUAGAGGUCAAGGACAAGGACAAGGUCAAGGUCAAGGACAAGGGCAGUGCAGAUGCCGGAACGGCUGGAGGGGGAACGGCACAUACUGUGAACCAUUGUUUGACACCCUUGAGGUCGAGCUGUUGGUGAUCGGCGAGGGCUGGCGCCCAGCGCUGAAUGAUUGCUCCUCUAUGGAUUUCCAGACAUUGGCAAACAGAUACGAUAAAGUAAUUCGGCAAUUCUACAGGACUCAUCGGGUAGAUGUACUCAGCCUGGCGAUCACACGCUUCUACGAUGGCAGCUUACACGUGGUACACGUAGUAACUUUCCCCAACCACACGGAACACCACCACCUGAUCGAAAUGUUCAAUGACUUUGACAACGCCAGUGGUCUUAACUUCGACGGCCAUGCUGUGAGGGAGUUGUGCCAUGUUGGGUUUUGUGAGAAUGAUGGAACCUGCAGAGAAGAUGGCUUUGACAGAGUUUGUGACUGUCCUACGGGGUAUUCCGGAUCGCUGUGCGAAAAUCAAGACCCUGCACUAAGUAUCGCUGGUAUAGUGUUGACAGCACUGGCGGCGUUCCUGCUGAUUCUGCUGCUCCUGCUCCUAGCGCGGUACUUGUGGCUGAGGUCCCGCGGUAGAAAGUACACAGAUGUCAGGGACGAUACCAGUUCCAGCUCGGCGUCAGGUGGCAGGCCGCCCGGAGGGCAGCUGGUUGUGACGCGGUACUUCCCGGGAAGGGCCAACCCCCUCCGCGAGGUCCCGGAUGAGAAGACUCCUGAGCACGAUGAGAAACUGUACCAGGAGAUAUUUGGCAAGGAUGACGCGUUCAAGAUCAGUCGUCCUCGACACGCUUUCGUACCGCUCGACGACUAACUCGAAGAGAAGACUAUAUAUAGAAGAGUAGCAAAUUUAUUUUGCCGUUUAUAUGGCAGUGAGAUAAUGUCUUGAAUGAAAUAUGGAUAACAUGAACUUAAGUAGGCGAGCAAGUAGGUAUAUGUACGAAACAGUUAGAUUUAUUAUCAUUAUUUAUUAGAGCAUUAUCAUAUUAGCCAUUCUCUCUAGUUUGAAGUAACGAUUUUUGAAAUGUUAAGAUAGAAUCUGAUUAUUUUAUACAAUAACAUAGAUAUAGAUAUAUAUUCUUUUUUUCUAUUGAUCAAGUUAUAUUUAUGUUAAAAAGAUGUUUCAAAUUAUAUUACUACAUAUUUUGAACCUUUUCUUUAUCUUGAAAUGAAUUCAGCUAGUUCAUACGUUGUCAUGUCACAAAUAAUGUUAUUUUAUGAGAGAAAUCGACAUAUUGCAUAUAUAGUGCUUACUCUAACAUACGUUGCAUUCUAUUGUUUGUAUUUGCACAUAUUUUGUUUGUUUAACAUCGAAUAUCGUCCUAUUGUUCA